GGGAGAGCGGAUAUAGGAAUGCGGGGUCCGGGGAGAGCGGAUAUAGUCAAUGCGGGGUCCGGGGAGAGCGGAUAUAGGGAAUGCGGGGUCCGGGGAGAGCGGAUAUAGGAGAGCGGAUAUAGUGAAUGGGGAGCGGAUAUAGUGAAUGCGGGGUCCGGGGAGAGCGGAUAUAGUGAAUGCGGGGUCCGGGGAGAGCGGAUAUAGUGAAUGGGGGUCCGGGGAGAGCGGAUAUAGCGAAUGGGGGUCCGGGGAGAGCGGAUAUAGUGAAUGCGGGGUCCGGGGAGAGCGGAUAUAGUGAAUGCGGGGUCCGGGGAGA